GCGCGCGCGCGCGUGCGCGCGCGCUUCAUGGUGAGCGUGAGAAAAUCGGCGUGACCGGCCGCCGACUAGCACGGAUACGGACAUUAUUAACCCAUCAGAGAGAGUCCGGACCCCGAUACGAAGGUUCUUCCCUAUGCGAGCACGAAUGAAUCCGACGAAUUGAACCGAAGCUCCUAUAGAUCCACGAAACGGAUCUAAAUAUAUACGAGAAAGUCUCUUUCCCAUUCGUGAGAGUGCUCCAAGGGAGAUCGCACACUUGCUACAUUUCUGGAAGCUGCGAACGAGCAAAGCUUUUGCGAUGCAAAAUUCGUUCGCAAAUUGCGAACUCGGCAAACGAGACGGUUGAAAAAAGUGGCAACGAAAUAGGAAAACGAUAUGGAGAGCGACGAGUGUCGAUGCUUUAUAAGCGGGGGAUCGAUCGCGCAAUUUCUCCCUACGUUGGACGAUAAUUCGAGGAGCGUCCUCGCGAGUGAACAAUUGAAGAGUGACGGGGAUUUACGCGCGGGAUCCGCCGAUUGGUCGAGAUCGCCGUGAAACGACGAGGUGAAAAAGUGCGCGAUUAUGCGAACGAACCCCCUCGGGCCCCAAGUUCACAACAUCGUGUAUUCCGAGAGCGAGAACGACGGUGGACCGCACGGAGGGGGAGGGGGGAGGCGGGGAGGGGAGGUGAGUUAUUAUCGAGGAAAAGUGAAAGAAACGCGUGCACGCGAGGAAGCACGUGGCAACCUGAAUUGGGACCUGGUGCAAUCUUGCCUCUUGUACAGGAAUCUUUCUCCUGGCGAAUGUGUACACACACGUUUGCGCGAUCCUGUUGGGACGCUUUCUUGCCGAGCCUCUCACCGUUCUCGUCUGCCGAUAUAUGUGCGGCUAUGAUCUCAAAGAUGAUGCAUCGACAGCAAGACGUCCAAUCGUCAUCGUCCAACGGCGAGUUCGCGAUGUAUCCAUCGGCCGUAUAUCAUUCCUCGUGUUCGACGUCGACCCCGUCAUCGUCGUCGAGGUCGUCCACGACCUGCCCGUUCCUGCUGUCCAUUUUCACGUGGUCCCUGACGUUUCUGCUGAUCUCAUCUUGCAUCGGUCUGGGCGCGGAUGCCGCGGCUAUGAACGCCCAUUCGCUGGGUAAAAGGUCCUUCUUCGACAUCCAGUGCAAGGGCGUGUAUGACAAAAGCAUCUUCGCCCGUCUGGACCGCAUCUGCGAGGAUUGCUACAACUUGUUCCGGGAACCACAACUGCAUAUGCUUUGCAAGAAGGAAUGUUUUACCACGGACUACUUCAAAGGAUGCCUAGACGUCCUGUUGUUGACGGACGAGGUCGGAAAGAUCCAAAGGUGGAUCAAGCAACUCCACGGAGCCGAUCCGGGGGUUUAGGCAAGAGUGCUUCAGCACAGAAUAUUUCACGAGCUGCAUGCAAGUGCUGCUGCUUGAAGAUGAGAAGGAAACGCUCCAGGAGAUGGCCAGGUACCUAGGUCGCAAGAAGUAAACGGGACAUAGUCCAAGCAACGACGCGCCGCACCACGAAGGAGAAAUACUACUCAGCAUCCGCAUAAAAUCGAGGAAGAGAUCGAUAGGGAAACGCCUAUUCCCCUAUUCCUGUCUCGAAGGGAAAGAAAGAUGGAGAGGACGAUGUAUCCACCUGAGGCGUCGUUCUGCGUUUUCUGCGAGAAAUCUGGAACCUUAGGAGAUUUAACUUCGCGACAUCCUCGGGAAAACAUUCGGGGAAGUCUAGGUAUCGCGUUGGAAAACGAUCUUUGAAUUUUCGAUCGGAAGAUCCCGAAAAAGUUCCGCGAGGAUGAACGCGUCUGGACGACUUGGAUGGAGGAGGGACGCGGAAAUACUUACGUCAUUCUUAAUAUUCAAGAAUAUAAAUGAGAGAAUUCGUGGGGGGGGGACUUCGGCGACCUUUCGCGGUGAGUCGCGUCGUUGCUAAACACGAUGAAGAAACGAAGUUUAAACAAUAACAUAUUAAAUAACGAGACACGAGAAGCGAGACGGUACGGAUUGAGUCAUACAACAAACAAGCAUACACGUUACACGUACACACAGAGCAAAUCCAUACGAAUUCUAGUCGACAAAAUAUCUGCGCACUCGUUUUAAUUCGAUUAAUCAUUAAUUAUUAAUCGCCGUCAUUCAUCAUUAUCGUAGUAAUAAUGGUAGUAUUCUGUAUCAUUAUUAUUAUCAUUAUUAUUAAUAAUAUUAUUAAUAUUAUUAUUAUUAUUACUAUUCGAUUAUAUUAUGUCACGAUUAUAUUUUUACCGCCAUCCUUCAUCCGUUCGUUGUUUAAUUAGAUUGAGAGCCUUUAGUCGUUUAUUUUAGGGAACGUGCGCGCGAUAUAGGGAACGAAGAGGAUAUCAGCUGGCUAGGUCGAAAUUUUGAAAAAAAAUCUUCGUGCAAUUUUCAAGGGAAGAGUGACGUUUGAAAAAUAAAAAUUAGUAGGAAAUAAACGCACGAAUUUUAUCGGAACGAAAGACAAGAUUAUCCUCCUUUUCCAAGUAUUUUUCUCGAUGCAAGUAUUAAGAGCAGAUCGAAGGCCCACUGGUCACUCAAAUCGACCGCAUUAUUAAUAUUAUUAUUAUUAUUAUUAUUAUUAUUUUUAUUAUUAUUAUUAUUAUUAUUAUUAUUAUUAUUAUUAUGUCAUAUAGUAGAAUUAUUGUUGUUAUUAUUGCAAUGUAUAUCGCGACGUCUCCGCUCGGGUGAACGCACUGGCAGCGCAAUGGAAGAGACAUACACCGGCAAUGUCCAACAAUAUUCAAUUACGCGAGUCGAAUACAGGGUGGCCCCGAACGUUCCAGCCAGACUUUGAGAUCUUAUAGGAAAUUUAAUUCCGAGCAAGAAAUUUCCUAUGAACAUGGGUCGAAAAAUGCUUCCU